AUGGUUUUGGACUAUUCCAAGUGGGACAAAAUCGAAUUGUCUGAUGACUCGGAUAUCGAAGUCCACCCAAAUGUCGACAAACGCUCCUUCAUCAAUGCCAAACGCCGUCAGAUCCACGAGAAUCGCUCGCUGCGGAAACAACAGAUGAACCACUACAAGACCGAGAUUGCCAUGAACGACCACCUUCUCUCGAUGCUCGACAAGUUGAUCGCGACCCUCGGCGACCAUUCCGCUGAGCCUGCCGCCGACAUGGUCAUGCAUGCUCUCAUCCAGCUCUCGACGGAGGACAACUCAAAUGCGCCGCAGGUACCUGUAGGUACCCCCGGAUAUGCCCAGAUGAUCGCCGCGCUGGUGGAUACCAUCAAGAAGGAGAUCGACGAGGAGAAUCCCGCCGAUCGCUGGAAGGCUUUCCUCGACAAGCUGAGGGACCAUCGGGGAAAGCUACAGCAGCAGACAAAGGACACCUACAAGAAGCUGGCCGACCUCGAAAAGGAAGAGAAGGCUAAGAUUACCAGUGAUGAUGUGCACGAGGGUUUCUCUGCGGGUCACGUCAACAAGAAAGAGGUAGCUUCUUCCUCGUCCAUGGCAGCAUCCAAGAAGAAGUCUGUGUCGAAAGUCCAGGCUGUUGAACAAUUGAACCGCCCUUCGGCCAUCGGUUUCCAGCCAUCAGGGGAUCAGUCGGUGUCUUCGGGCGCCGAGGCGGACAUCGAGGAGAUUGCCGGAGAGGAAGACGACGAUGACGAACAGCAUUUCGAGCCCACUGCGCUUGGAAAAGAGUUCGCGAAGAUCAAGAUAGGGGAAUAUAACCGUUGUCUAGCUUUCAUCCGGGAGAAUCCUGCGGUUGUCUCGGAGAAGGAGACCGACGGGCUUCUGAUUGAUGCCUUCAACUCCCAGAUUGCUGGCAAAGAUGUAUACGCAAAGCAAUGCGUGCACCAAGCGCUGCUGCUUCAAUACUGCCGACAGCUGGGUUCUGAUGGCGUCUCACUCUUCUUCAAGCGCAUCACGACCGCCGGGCACCACGCGCAGAAGGUUUUCUACGAUGAUGUGCACCAAACCUAUUCUCGCAUCAAGGAGCGUGCACGGGAAAUAUCUUCGGAACAGGAGAAGGGUAGCCAGGGCGUGGAGCAGAUUCAGCUACACGCGGUGGACCCCAACACGACCAUCAACAUUAGUAUACCUCCAGCCAGUUCGGAUGAUCCGGAAGAGAAGCAAGCCAGGGAGGUUUUCGAAUCAUUCCCACCAGGACUGAGAAGAGCCCUCGAGAGCGGAAGCCUUGAUGAGGUCAACAAAGUUUUGGGAAAGAUGAGCGUCGAAGAAGCCGAGGAAAUUGUUGGGCAGCUUGGAGAGGGUGGAAUGCUGUCGCUCGAGUCCCAGAUCAUCGAUGCCACCACGGAGGACGGCCAGAAAAUGCUGCACGAGCUCGAGGAGCAGGAGGCGCGAGCGAAAUCGGGUACCAGCGGCGACAGCGGAACCGACACUACGGCCAGGAACAAGGGGAAGAACAAGGAAACCGAAAACCCGCUCGCCGCGGAGGUGGAUUAG